AUGUCUACUUCUGCCCGCCGUCGUCUCAUGCGUGACUUCAAGCGCAUGCAGACUGACCCUCCUGCUGGUGUCUCAGCAUCUCCAGUAGCUGACAAUGUCAUGACUUGGAAUGCCGUCAUCAUUGGCCCCGCCGAUACCCCGUUCGAAGAUGGUACAUUCCGCUUGGUAAUGCACUUCGAGGAACAGUACCCCAACAAGCCGCCAGGUGUCAAGUUUAUCAGCCAGAUGUUCCAUCCUAAUGUCUAUGGUACUGGGGAGCUUUGCCUUGAUAUCCUGCAGAACCGCUGGAGCCCUACCUAUGACGUGGCGGCCAUCUUGACUAGUAUUCAGAGUCUACUCAACGACCCCAACACGUCAUCUCCGGCGAAUGUGGAAGCAUCGAACCUCUACAAAGACAACCGAAAGGAAUAUAUCAAGCGCGUGCGUGAGACAGUUGAGAAGAGCUGGGAAGACUAG